AUGGCGCCUCGUACUGACUUCCCCCCUGUUCGGGCCUGUCUUUUCGACAUGGACGGCCUCCUUCUUGACACCGAAGAUAUCUACACCAAGUGUGUCAACAUCAUCCUCGAAAAGUAUGGCAAGGGAACUCUCCCAUGGUCUAUCAAGGCCAAGCUUCAGGGACGCCCUGGUCCUCAGGCCAACAAGAUCUUUCACGACUGGGCUCAGCUCCCCAUCACCUCCGAAGAGUACGUUGCCGAGAACACGAUGCUCCAGAAGCAGCUGUUCCCACACACAAAGCCUCUCCCUGGCAUUGUCGACUUGCUUGGCCACCUAGGCCGAACCCGAUACUGGGAGGUCAAGGAUGGUGCUACUACGGAAGCGAAGGACAAGUCCAGCAGUGAGCCUCAACGCGUUCACAUCGCUCUAGCCACUAGCUCUCAUCUGGGGAACUUCCGUGUCAAGACAAACCACCUUGAGGAGCUUUUUUCUGUUUUCCCUUCCCACCGCCGUGUUCUUGGAGACGAUUCCCGUCUGACUCCUGGCCGUGGGAAGCCUCUGCCCGACAUCUUCCUUCUCGCUCUGAAGACCAUCAAUGACAGCCUUUCUGCCGGCGAACGCCCCAUCACUCCCGAGGAGUGCCUUGUUUUCGAAGAUUCAGUUCCCGGUGUCGAGGCUGGUCGUCGUGCUGGUAUGCGCGUGAUCUGGUGCCCCCACCCGAUGUUGAAGAAGGAGUAUGAUGGACGGGAGGCUGAGGUCCUCGCUGGACGCACUGGUGAGGCUGGAGAAGUCGAUCUCCAUCAGGUUGGUGAGAUUGACGAUGGCUGGGCCGAGUACAUGCUCAGCCUUGCUGACUUCCCCUACGAAAAGUUCGGCAUCGUCGUACCCCCUGUCGAGGUUGAGAAGGAAGACUGUAUGAAAGAGGUGCCCCAAGAGGUUGUUGCUGAAGUCUAG